AUGACUUACACUCCUUUCAACGAUGAGGAUGAUGCUUACCGACCUGAAGUGCCCGAUCUAUGGGGACGGACUCCCUCGUAUGCCCCCACCCCUGGUUACCCAGACCGUGAAUGGACGCCAUCAGUAAUCUGCCCUUCACCCGAUCCCGAGGACAUAAUUGGUGAAUGUUCACUCUCCUUGCAUCAAAAUCCGUCCGACCAGCAGAGUUUUGAUUCUGUGGUUGAACGUGCAGAUGGAAGUGCAUGGGAUGAACAAUCUCCGGACCGUAUGCACUACCAGAUCGAGUGGAGGGUUAAAUUGAACAAUCGAGUUAUGGUCAAGGAUACAAAACAAGACCUGACUCAACCGCCUAGAUCCUACUGGGAACAAAUACAAGAGGACGCUUGUAAUAUUCUACGACGGAAGAUCGCCCGUGGCCGACGGGUGAGACUAGAUGAUACUGACAUGGUCUUAUCGGUGAAUUCCCAACGGGACAUUGACAAACACUUUGAAGGUACUAGUGUUGAUUGGACAGUGGUGGAGAAACAGCUGCUAGCGUGGGCCUAUCUAUUUCGUCGUGGCAAGAAGAUCCGGCUUCAGAUAUCGAUCAACUACAUAGAGGAUAGUGGACUUCGUCUUUCUAGAACAGACAAAAGAGGAAAGUCAUCGGUGACUACGCGGAUGCUCGCUGAUCGAGACGCUCAGAUUGACGCCGAGCAGGUCUCCGGCCAGCAUUCCGUCUGGCGCGAUGUGUAUCGUAUCAUGCGAUGUCCCGGACCUCCAUGUCGUCACGAAGGACAAUAUUGCUGGCAAGAUCCAGAGGGUAAAACGCACCAUAGAUUGAAGACACACCAUCUGAAGGCUCUCGUCAAAUAUGUGGAGCAAGGUGGGGUUCUCGAGACCCACGCCGAUAUCCCUGACAGUAAAGCCGCGGAGAACUCUACAUUGGGUUCAAUGUGUCCUCCAAUCAAUAUCACUGUCCUCCCGGCAGGAUCAUCUCAGCAAUCGAUACAUCCUCCUGCUAAUGACGCCAUGUCCACCGGGCCCGACUAUACUGAAUCAAUCAUGGUUGACGGCCUGCUAGAUGUCGCUGUGGACGAAUAUACUGAAUGGCAGAAAUCGCGGGUGAGCAACGAGACUUUCAGGGAGAACAUCAACAGAGCACGCGAUGUGACCCUCGAAAAUUGUCUCGACCUCAUGCAGGUUUAUGAGGAUCAAGACCCAGGUUUCUUUGUUAAGCACGGCGUGAAAUUAGGUGCCGCCCGGCGGUUCGUUCGUGACAUCGGCCUCUGGGUGAAACGACGCAAAGAAGUGACUUGCAACGAAAAUAUUCAUUUAGUCUAG